AUACCAACAUAAGUGACGGGACAUGAUGUUAUCUAUGCUUCGGUUUGCGAGGGGGCUGAGAGGUGUAAAUAGUUCCUUGCAUGAUGUGACAGUUUUGCAAGUUGAUACGUUUUAAUUCCAUUUGUCUUAUCAGAAGUAUGUGGUUGUGUAACUUCACGGCUCUAGUAACGAGUUCUUGACAUUUGCUUUGCUGGUUGUGGGAAUUUCUGUCGUUAUACAUUUCAGAACUAUUAUUUUGUGGUGUGUCCUGUUAAAUGAAGCAUGGAUCCUUUACGUGCUUUGAAGGUUGGAGCUGACAGCAUCAGACUAAUUAUCAACAACAGCUGUUCCAAACUAGAACCAUGGCAAAUUGUCACAGUAACGGCAACUACAGUAUUAGCAGGAGUAUGGUUCUGGGAGUUUUUAUUUCAAGAAGAAAGUUUGGUGAACCGUGGUAAGAAAAUGGUCUUCAAGCUUGCGCGCAAAAUACCAGCUGUUUCUCAACGCAUUGAACGUGAAAUGUCAAAAAUCAAUGAAACGUUUGAGCAAGAAGUGAUCCAUCGUAACCAAGGAAAUCCAUAUAUCACAACAUUACCCAAGGAAGGAAAAAAUCAUCAUGAUAUAAUUCAGCAGGUUGAGAAAUAUCUGUCAUUUGGUGACUACAACUGGAAAAGUGGUUUUGUGUCUGGAACUGUGUACAAUUACAAUCCUGAGCUUAUAAAGUUGCUGACUGAAGUAUAUGGCCUAGCAUCAUAUACAAAUCCUCUGCAUCCCGAUGUUUUUCCAGGAGUGUGCAAGAUGGAAGCAGAAGUGGUUCGAAUCACAGCCAACUUAUUUCAUGGAGGACCUGGAUCCUGUGGAACGAUGACAACUGGUGGAACAGAAUCAAUCCUUAUGGCAUGUAAAGCAUACAGAGACUACGCACGUGCUGAGAGAGGCAUCCGCCGCCCAGAGAUUGUCAUUCCAGUAACUGCACAUCCAGCAUUUGACAAAGCUGCAGCAUACUUCGGCAUGCGUGUCACCCAUGUCCCCGUUGAUCGAGAUACCACAACAGUUGAUAUUCAAGCCAUGAGAAAAGCCAUUAGUAGAAAUACAUGUCUGUUAGUGGGUUCAGCUCCAAACUAUCCAUAUGGAACAAUGGAUGAUAUAGAAGCUAUCGCUGCUCUAGGUCGUCAGUACAACAUUCCUGUUCAUGUAGAUGCCUGUCUUGGUGGCUUUGUCAUUAUAUUCAUGGCUGAGGCAGGAUUCAUGCUGCCUCCAUUUGAUUUCUCAGUACCUGGUGUCACCAGCAUCUCAGCAGACACACACAAAUAUGGAUUUGCACCGAAAGGUUCCUCUGUUGUCCUGUAUUCUGAGCCCAAGUUUAGGCACCACCAGUUUAACGUGAGCACUGAUUGGCCUGGAGGAGUCUAUGGCUCACCUACUGUCAAUGGGUCUCGUGCAGGAGGUAUCAUUGCAGCAUGCUGGGCAACACUGAUGUACUUCGGGCUAGAGGGCUAUGUUGAUGCAACGAAGAAAAUUGUGCAAACAACUAAAUAUAUUGAGAAAGGACUGCGAAAGAUGGAUGGAAUAUUCAUAUUUGGCACGCCUGCAACAUCAGUAGUAGCUGUUGGCUCUAAGCUGUUUCACAUCUAUCAACUCUCAGAUGCACUCUGCAAACGAGGCUGGAACCUCAAUCCACUUCAGUUCCCACCUGGGCUUCAUUUGUGCGUCACAUACAUGCAUACUGCAGAUGGCGUUGCAGACCGUUUCCUGUCUGAUGUGGAAGAGGAAUUGGCAAUUAUCAUGAAGGAUCCAACCAGACCUGUUGAGGGGAAAUUUGCUAUGUAUGGUAUGUCACAUAGCAUUCCUGACCGCUCUAUCGUAGGAGACUUCACAAGAUUUUUCCUUGAUUCGAUGUAUUAUACUCCUUCUGUAAAAGGACUGAACUUGACAUUGUAAUGGAUGUGGGUAAGAAUGGCUUUCCAUUUGGGACAUUAGAGUACCAAAAUAUUAAUGUAAUCAAGUAUGAGUCAAGUACCUGCACAGUUUUUGAGUAUAAUUUUAAUUUAUAACUCAUAUAUUUCAUUAUAAUAAAGAAGACACCAAGUACUCCAA